GCGAGAGCGCAAUCGGUCGGAAAUCCCUUCACUCUCACAUAGGCUAUCCACAGUAUACAAGCGCGCGGUGAGCUGCGGCAAGAGCCCGAGCCCCGGCGUCUUCAGUAACACUGAAUAGUGAACUGAUGAUGAGAGCACGCGCACUGGACGCUACCGGACAUUGCCUUGGAAGAUUUUUCUGUUUUCACUUUUAUGCACAGACAGUUGUUGACUGAAGGUCUAAGUUUUGAAGGAUGUUGUCGUGUGGAAUUGGAGGUGUCGGGAUGCUGUGAGCCCGGUCUGGAGUAGCGCUGGUUCGGGGUUUCCUUUCGUGCGCAAGGAGAGGACACUUCUCUCUGAUGUGCGUAACCACCAUCAGCCAAGUUGCGCGCUGUUAUUUUCUGACGUGACACUUUUUGCUACAGUUCUAGCGGACCCUCCGUGUUAAAAAUAGGAAUUUUACGGAAAACCAAGAGAGCUGACAGCGGAAAAGGGUGCUGUUUUGUAUCGACAGGAUUGCGGUGGUGCUGAAUUUUGGAUAUCCAAAGCGCUUGAUUUGUGGCUUGCAAAGGGAAAGCGGCCAAUAUAUCCAUUAAGCAACAGACUGAUGAUGUGCCAGAGUGCCAAUGAGAUGUGGUCACGGUGGAGUGCCAUGCUAGUGUGGAUUUUCCUUUUCCUCUGUUGCUCUGCAGAUGUAGUCAGCACCAUCAUCUACCAGGUGACCGAGGAGCAGCCGCCUAACACACUGAUUGGCAGCUUGGCAUCUGACCAGGGCUUGCCAGACACCGGUCACCUUUACAAACUCGAGGUGGGCGCUCCUUUCCUCCGUGUGGAUGGGAAAACAGGGGAUAUCUACACUACAGAGAUCCCAAUCGAUCGUGAGACUCUCAAGGACUGUCGCAACCUUUUUGAGGGUGAUCCUUGUUUCCUAGAAUUUGAGGUGUCUAUUACAGACCUAAUGAAAGGAACAGGACCUCGGCUCAUCGAAGGCCGCAUCGAGAUCUUGGAUGAGAACGACAACACUCCACAGUUCUCUUCACCUGUCUUGACACUGUCGAUCCCGGAGAACACGCACGUGGGUGCGCUCUUCGCAAUUCCUGUGGCCACUGACAGGGAUUCUGGAAGCAAUGGCAUUGCCGAUUAUGCGCUAACGACUGGCCCUGAAGCUGCCAACCUUUUCAGCCUGCAGGUGGCGCAAGACUCAGAUGAGAAAUUGCCACAACUCAUUGUUUUGGGAAACCUGGAUAGAGAGCAGCGAGAUUCAUAUGACCUCAACAUAAAAGUGGUUGAUGGUGGCUCUCCGCCCCGCCAGAGUAGCGCCCUGCUCAGGAUCACCGUUACAGAUGCCAAUGACAAUGUGCCCAAAUUUGAGAAGUCACACUACGAGGGUGAGCUCCCAGAAAACAGCCCAGUGGGUCAUUCUGUUCUUCAAGUGAAGGCCAAUGACUCUGAUAUGGGACCCAAUGGAGAGGUGACCUACAGCCUCCACCAGGCAUCACCAACUGUUCAGAGGCUCCUCAGCAUUGACCGCAACACGGGCACCGUUUUCGUCAAAGGCUUGGUGGAUCGUGAAGAGAUUAGCAUGCUCAAGUUCUACGUCCAAGCUAAAGACAAUGGUCCACAAUCAAAGAGCUCCAAAGCCCUUGUGACUAUUACAGUGAAGGACCAGAAUGACAAUGAACCCUCCAUCAGGAUCCGGGGCAUUGGCCUUGUGACGCAUGAAGAUGGUGUCGCUAACAUAUCGGAGGACAUGCCUGUAGGCACAGCUGUGGCUCUGGUGGAGGUAUCAGAUCGUGAUGAAGGUGAAAAUGCAGUUGUGACCUGUGUGGUCGCAGGGGAUGUCCCAUUCCAACUGCGUCCAGCUAGCGAAACAGGCAACGACCGCAAGAGGAAGUACUUCCUCCAGACAACCAUGCUACUGGACUAUGAACGGAUCAAAGACUACAGGAUUGAAAUUGUGGCAGUGGACUCUGGCAACCCUGCACUAUCCAGCACAAAUUCCCUGAAGGUGCAAGUGACAGACAUGAAUGACAACUCCCCAGUCUUCUCACCUUCUUUGUACGAGGUAGAAUUUGCUGAGGAGAACCAGCCAGGUGACAAGGUUCUGGAUGUGGUAGCCACAGAUGCCGACAGCGGGACUAAUGCGGAGCUGACAUACAGUAUCACUGGUGGAUCAGUCCCCGAGGGGCUCUUUGAAAUUAACCCUAACACAGGAGAAGUGCGUGUCAUGAGGCAGUUGGACCGUGAACAAUUAAAUCACUAUCAAUUUCUAGUGGCAGCAGCUGAUAAAGGUGUACCAAGCUUAAGAGGAACUGCCACUGUUGUUGUUAAGGUGCUCGACAGGAACGACAAUGACCCUAAAUUUAUGCUUAAUGGUUACAGCUUUUCAGUCCAAGAAAACAUGCCGCCCCUUAGUCCUGUUGGAAUGGUAACAGUCAAUGAUCGCGACGAGGGCGAGAAUGCUCGUGUUCAACUUUCUGUAGAACCAGACAAUGGCAAGUUUAUGAUUCAAAAUGGAACGUACACUAUACUUUCGACUAUUUCCUUUGACAGGGAAAAGGAGAGCACCUACAGUUUCCGACUUAAAGCCGUUGACGGAGGUGAUCCACCACGUUCUUCCUACGUUGGCAUUACCAUUAAUGUUCUUGAUGAGAAUGACAAUGCUCCAUACGUCACCAAGCCCUCAAACUCUUCAUACAAGUUCUUGGAUCCCCGCACCAGCCCAGAAACCCACGUAGAAAGUGUUGAGGCAGAGGACAUUGACAUCGGUUUAAAUUCAGAACUGGAUUUCAGUAUAGUAGGGGGCAACCCGCAUGGAUUGUUCCACAUCUCUUUAGAAGGUGAGAUUACGUUGGCUAAAGAGUUCACAUCCAAACACAUUGGUCUCCACCGUCUGGUAGUAAAAGUUAAGGACAAAGGCAUGCCGCCACGCCAUACGACUGCACUGGUUCACAUCUAUGUCAAUGAAACCAUCGGCAAUGUCUCCCACAUCGAAGGACUUGUUGGACACAGUCUUUAUACGCCACUUGAAAUGGACAUUGCAGGAGAUCCUGAUUAUUCUCGAGACCCACAUAGUAACAUUAUUUUUGCAGUCUUGGGUGGCUUUUGUGUGGUCAUUCUAAUCAUUGCAGUGGCUAUGAUCAUCAGGCAUGUCGUGCUAAAGGAGAAUAAAAGUGGCUACCAAGCAGGCAAGAAGGAGACCAAAGACCUGUAUGCCCCCAAACCAGGACCUAAGAGCAACAAGAACAAGAAGAUAAAGAAAAGCAAAGCUCCAAAGCCUGCCAACCCAUCUGAAGAGGAUGAGGGGGGGAGUCUUCAGAAAGGCCUAAAGUUCAACCUCAUGAAUGAUAGCGUCAACGAUAGUCCUAGGAUUCACCUGCCGCUCAACUACCCCCCUGGAAGCCCAGACCUAGGGAGACACUACCGGUCUAAUUCUCCUCUGCCAUCCAUUCAGCUCCAACCUCAGUCACCUUCUGCCUCAAAGAAACAUCAGGCAGUGCAGGACCUGCCAGCAACCAACACCUUUGUAGGAACCGGGGACAACAACUCAACAGGCUCAGACCAGUAUUCGGAUUACAGCUACAAGGCCAACUCUUCAAAAUAUAGCAGCAAACAGCUCCCGCAUCGCAGAGUGACCUUCUCCACAGCCAAUCAGGCGCAAGAUCUGCAGGAUCCCUCUCAGCACAGUUACUAUGACAGCGGUCUGGAAGAGUCAGAGACGCCCAGCAGUAAGAGUUCUUCAGGACCCCGUAUCGGGCCCCUCGCCCUACCUGAAGACCACUAUGAACGCACCACCCCAGACGGCAGCAUCGGAGAGAUGGAACACCCUGAGAACGCUUUUUGGGAGCGGAUAUCUCUCACCUAAGGACACUUCAAGAAAUAUGGACUAAUGGAUUUGUGAUAUCUUCAUUUUUGCCUCUCCUCCGCUGUGCAUUUCUUCCCUUUGCUAUGAACUCUUUUGUAUGGACUUGCCCCCCUCCUUUCUUCUCCUGUCCCCUUUGGAGUCUUACUAUCAUUGCAAUCACCUGGGGUAGGUAUGUCUUACCUCUGUCCAUCUCUCAUUUUGAAUAUCCUCUCCUCUAUUUUCUCCUCUCUGUCUCCUUUUCUCUGCCACAGCCAGACACACUCACAUUCACUGAAAAAUCACCUAAGAGGACUUAAUAGCUCCUCUGUAGUGCACUCUGACCUCUUAUCAAAUACAGAAACAGUAUUUUUUUCUCCCAUAACUCACAGUCUUUCUCACUUUGCUCUAAAUGAGGGAAUGUUUUAUGAGGGAAAAGACUGCUUUGCAGCUGAAUCAUAUAAAGACUUUGCACUUCGUUUAAUCCCCCCCCCCCCCUCCAUCUUAUUCUUGUCUCCCCUCCAAAAGAAGUUAAAAGAAGCGAGAGGAAAAAAUAUGCUUAGAUGAGAACAUUAUCUCCAUUUUGGCUUCUUUAGACAUGUGCACCUGCAAACCAAAAUGGAGCUUAGUGCCAUAAAGUGUCAGCCAGUCGUGUUUGUUAAUUAGAUUGGGUGACUGUAACAUUAACUCCAUUCCAGUCUCUGUCUCUCUCUCUCUCUCUCUCUCUCUCUCUCUCUCUCAAUCUCGAUCUCGAUCUGAAGGCAAUGACGUAUUUGCCUCACACCAAUGACUGUGCCACAAUGUAACAAAACACAGACACCAAAUACACAUUUGCCUUUGAACUGAGAACACGUAUUGAUGUGAAUAUUGAAGACAUUGACAUUCCUGAGAGUCUACUUGGGAAACGUGUGUAAAUAUGUAACUAGCUCUGAAUGAUAUUUAUCAAAUAUAUAAAUAUAUGGUACACCUGACAGUACGUCCGUAAUGUGAAAACUUAUUUUCUGAUCACAUAAGGGAUUUUACUUCUCUGUGUGUCUGAGACAAUGGUUACAAAAGCAGUAGAUGGGGAAGCUAGAUUAAUGUCAUGAGUCAUUUACUUACAUUAAGCCAGUAAUAGAGAUUCUGUCGGCUCUGCAGACAGUCUAGCAGAAAGUGCUGUUCUUGUGAAUGUACUUUGUAUU